UCAUGUGCUACAUUGUUCAGCUUCCCCUAUCGUAUACAAACACCAUGGACACAGUGGAGAGCGCUAUGCAUAGUUGUUUUAAAAACAAAGUAGGCGAGGUGUUAUUACCGGGUGAUAGAUUUUGUUUCGGAUUAGGCGAAACGGACAGUAAACCCUUGAAAGUCAUUUGUGGUCCAGGACUUCGACGAAAUGGAGAUGAGGUGCAUGUGUGCAAAAGCGGAAUUCUGCGAUACAAGCAACCAAAUUUGUACUGGAUUGACUCACAGCAAAGACGAUAUGUUCCUGCAAAGGGAGAGACCGUGAUUGGCAUUGUCACUGUCAAGUCGGGUGACAUCUUCAAAGUUGACGUGGGCGGGAGUGAACAAGCAUCGCUGUCCUAUUUGGCAUUUGAAGGGUCCACCAAACGUAACAGACCCAACGUACAGGUGGGGGAUCUGGUAUACGGCCAGUUCAUCAUCGCUAACAAAGACAUGGAGCCAGAACUGACAUGUAUAGACAGCUGUGGACGAGCCAACGGGAUGGGAGUGUUCGGAGCAGGGGGUCUUAUGUUUAAGGUGUCGCUGGGACUUGUGCGCAGGCUGCUGGCGCCGCAGAGCGAGGUGGUCAAAGACCUGGAGAAUCUGUUCCCGUUUGAGCUGGUUGUGGGGAUGAACGGGCGUGUCUGGGUGAAAGCCAAGAGCCUGCAGCAGACCCUGAUCGUCGCCAACCUGCUGGAGAGCUGUGAGAACAUGAGUGCCCUGCAGCGUCAGGCGCUGUUUAGAAGGGUCGUCGACCGCGCAUUCUAGUGGACGCCUCGGGAAAUGACAGCGAUCCGUGGGAACAUUUUUCUCGUUGUGUUUUAUUGGGUUAUUUGCGUCCUGUUCAUAUCUAGGAUGUAUGAUAUUGAUCCUAGAUUUAUGUGAGCCUUUUAUGGCGUAACCUAUUUGCGUCACGUUGUUUGACGGACUCAUAACUGAGUAAGGACAUUGAACUUCUCUUAACCUCUGGGAGGAUGGUUCUGAAGUCAGAUGAACGUUUUUGCUCAUAUUUUCAAAGAAAAUAAACAUUUCUGUAUAAAUGACUUUUUAAUCAGAAAUCUCGAG